AUGUUCUUCAGAAAUGUUUGGUCUGCGGCGGAGAUAAAUGUUCUUUGCAAGCCACUACUCUAUAAGCAGACUUCGCAAAAUUUGGGUAAUGCUCGAUUACAAAUCCGUAGCGCGUUUCAUAAUUCAAGACGAAGUGCGCGUCGCCCGGGGCCGGAUACCAAUCCUUUAGAUAGUAUAAAUGUUGAAUCAGGGCCAUUGUAUGCAAGAGCCCUUUUCAAACCAUUUCUCUUCACUAUAGGGGUUUCCUCAAUAAGUCUAGCUGGCUGUGUGAUUUGGGAGUAUGAAAACUUAAGAGCUCAUGCUACUUCUUUUCUCAGAAGGCCAGGCACUUGGUUACAUGCUCAUCAAAAGAGAUUUACUGCACAUAUGAAAUCAGAGCCUGGUCCUAUAGAAAAAUGGUGGAAAUCUCUAAAAGAAAGUGAGAAAGUUUUCUACCCUAUCCUCGCUGCAAAUGUACUAGUGUUUGGUGCUUGGCGAGUUAGAUCAUUUCAGCCAUUCAUGAUCAAAUACUUCUGUUCAAACCCCUCCAGCAUUGUCAAAUGUCUGCCUAUGGUACUGUCAACAUUUAGUCAUUAUUCGGCUCUGCAUUUAGCAGCAAACAUGUAUGUUCUGUAUAGUUUUAUGCCAGCUGCCAUUGCAUCUCUAGGCAAAGAACAAUUUGUUGCAAUGUAUCUAAGUGCUGGUGUUAUCAGCAGUUUUGCUAGUUUCAUCUAUAAAGUUAUCUCCAAUCAGCCCGGUCUCAGUCUCGGAGCGUCAGGUGCAAUAAUGUCAGUAUUGUCUUACGUCUGUGUACAAUACCCUGACACUAGACUCAGCAUUAUAUUCCUUCCCAUGUACACAUUUGCUGCCGGCAAUGCAAUAAAAGUUAUAAUGAGCGUGGAUUUUGCUGGUGUUCUUUUUGGAUGGAAAUUCUUUGACCAUGCCGCUCAUCUCGGCGGAGCUCUAUUUGGAAUGGCUUGGUGUUAUUGGGGUUCUCAACAAAUUUGGGCGAAGAGGGAAAAGUUACAGCAGUAUUACCACAGCUUCAGAAAAGAUUCCAGAUAA